GCCCAUAAAAAAUAGAUCAGCUUCCAUUGGAUGAAGGAAUCCAUUGUCAAUGGGACUCAUUCUAAGCCUGUACUAUAUUCUUGGACAAGAAGUCCAGAAGCAGGGAAUGGCUAGUACAAUUCUGUUAGGAAAAUCAUGGGCACCACUGAAACUGAAGAAGAAACUAUUCCAGUGGAGAAGGGAGAGAUUGUUGAUGGGUUGAAUUCAGAUGGGAGAGGCACAUGGAUACAUGCGGCAUUCCAUGUGGCGACAACAAUCGCCACACCGGCUGCUUAUGCUCCAUUGCCCUUCGCUCUGGCCUCUUUGACCUGGCCUGCAGGAGUUGUGAGUUUGGUGGGUGGAACGAUGGUCACGUGGUACUCUAGUUUCCUGGUUGCUUCGUUGUGGAAGUGGAAUGGUGUACGUCAUGACACCUACAGAAAACUUGCGCAGAGUAUCUUUGGAAAAAAGGGUUACUGGGCAGUUACUUUUUUCCAGCAGAUUGCAUCUGUGGGAAACAACAUUGCUAUUCAAAUUGCUGCAGCUAGCAGCCUUAAGGCAAUUUAUAAACACUAUCAUAGUAGCGGUAGUCUUACAUUGCAAGAAUUCAUCAUUUUUUUUGGAGUGUAUGAGUUGUUGUUAUCCCAAUUUCCUGACAUCCAUUCCUUAAGGUGGGUGAAUGCAAUUUGUACAUUCAGCACGAUGGGAUUUGCUUUAACAGCUAUUGGGGUCACUCUACAUGAUGGAUUGCGGAUGAAUCGAGAUUCAGUUGAUUAUCAAUUGCAUGGUACUUCAGCCACCAAGAUAUUCAAAGCCUUCAAUGCUUUGGGAACAAUAGCAUUUUCUUUUGGAGAUGCAAUGCUACCUGAAAUACAGUCGACUCUUAGGGACCCUGCAAAAAAAAAUAUGUACAAAGGUGUUUCAGGAGCAUACACAGUCAUCAUUGUAAGCUACUGGACGCUUGCAUUUGUAGGUUACUGGGCAUUUGGAUCGGCAGUGGAAGCAUAUGUCCUCAAUUCCUUGACAACCCCUGCAUGGGCAAUUGUUAUGGCGAAUUUGUUUACAGUGAUUCAGAUUUCAGGCUGUUUUCAGAUAUAUUGUAGACCAACAUAUGCCUAUUUUGAGGAGAAAUUAAUACCAAAUAGAGGGACUCGUAUGCUGAAACACUACAUUAUUCGAUUUCUUUGUACAUCAAUUUAUGUUGCAUUGGUUACUCUCUGCGCUGCAGCUCUACCUUUUUUUGGAGAUUUUGUUGCUCUUUGUGGGGCAAUUGGAUUUACUCCAUUGGAUUUUAUUUUGCCAGCACUUGCAUUUCUAAAAGUUGGAAGAAAGCCUAGGAAUAACUUGAUUUUCCAUCUUUUACGUAUCUUGAAUAUUGCCAUUGUUGUAUGCUAUUCAGUUGUGGCACUAUUAGGCUCAAUUGGAGCAAUCAGAUUCAUUGCAAUAGAUACAAAGACAUACAAGCUAUUUCAUGACAUGUAACUUAAUAACAUUAUAUUUUAUAUGUAAAUCAAGGUCAUAUUUCACUCCUUGUA